CCCGUGUCAUUUAACCCCUCACCGAAAGUCAUGGCCGAAACAACAACAUUCAAAUUUAUCCCGCCCCCGGAGGCACCCGUGUUUUAUCCAACCUUCAAGGAAUUUGAGGAUCCCCUCCUCUACCUCGAAAAGAUCCGACCAAUCGGUCAAGAAACCGGCAUUUGUAAAAUCAUCCCACCAAAGGGCUGGAAUCCUCCGUUUGCAGUGGACGUCAACACCUUCAAGUUCACACCUAGGAUACAAAGACUGUACGAAUUGGAAGCUCAUUCACGCCUUAAGCUAGAUUUUAUCAGCAAGCUAUAUCAGUUUUUCCGUCUGCAGGGCACGGAAAAGCUAAGGAUUCCCAGUGUCGGUGGACGAUACCUGGAUAUUUACUGGCUUCACAAGCACGUUAUGAAGGAAGGUGGCUAUGAAAAGGUAACAUUGCGCAAACUCUGGCCUCAAAUCGCCGAGAACUUGGGCUACCCUGGUAGCAAGUUUGCCCCCUCGAUGAAGACUAACUAUGAGAAGCUCCUCUUGCAAUACGAGCUUGUCGUUUCUGCUCACCGCGCGAACGCAGCCUCAGAAGGCAAAACCCUAGCCAACAUCAGUGAGCACUCACCAUCAUCGAAACGCGCUCGACUUCAGUCACAGAGCCUCCAAACAAUUGAUUAUUCAGCGAAUAAGGAGUUGAAGAACCUCCAGUUCUUUGGCGCAGGGCCAAAGACUGCUGUCGCGCUUACAGAUCCUUCAGCGAGUGUACGCCCUAAGCAAAAUGAUCCCACAAAUUACCUCUGCCGCGUCUGCGGUUUCGACAACAAUGAAACCCACCUGUUGAUCUGUUCCACGCCCUCGUGUCAGGCCUGUUACCACACGUACUGCCUGAGUCCUCCCCUCCCGAGUGUGCCUCACUACCAAUGGAAGUGUCCCGAGUGCGUCCGGGUCAUAUGCAGUCAGCCAAUGGACCUCUACGGCUUCCCGCAGUCUGACAAGAGCUACACUCUUCACGAGUUUGGCAUUCGCGCGGAUACCUUCAAGGCCAAGUACUUCAGACAGGAGCCAAGCUCGGUGCCGUGUGCCGUGGUGGAGCAGGAGUUUUGGCGCAUCCUGCAGGAGUACACGGAGGACGUGGUGGUGGAGUACGGCGCGGACGUGCACGCAAGCGACCAGGGCUCCGGGUUCCCCACCGAGCUCCAGCUGGCCCGAUCCCCACACCUUUUCCCCACCCCCGAGCAACGCCGUCAGGCCCUUGCCUACGCCCAGAGUCCCUGGAACCUCAACAAUCUCCCCGUUUAUGGAAACUCCGUCCUACGCUUUAUCAAGGGUAACGUCGACGGCAUGAAGGUGCCCUGGUGUUACGUUGGAAUGGUCUUCUCCACUUUCUGCUGGCACAUCGAGGAUCACUGGAGUUGUUCAAUCAACUUUAAUCAUUGGGGCGAACCGAAGACGUGGUACGGGGUCUCCAGUCGGAACGCCGAACUCUUCGAGAAGGCGAUGCGCAAACAGGCGAGCGAGUUGUUCGACCUCUCGCCCGACCUGCUGCAUCACAUCACCACCAUCAUGAAUCCGAACCUGCUGCAAGCCGAGGGCGUGCCCAUCUACCGAACGGACCAGCACUGCGGCGAGUUUGUCGUCACCUUCCCACGGGCCUACCACGCCGGCUUCAACCAGGGCUUCAAUUUCGCCGAGGCUGUCAACGUCUGUCCACCGGCUUGGCUGCCAAUGGGUCGUGCCUGUGUGGAGCACUACGCGGAGAUGCGUCGUCAGUGCGUCUUCUCGAACGACGAGCUCCUCUUCUGCCUGGCGGAGGUGAUCGCGGGCAAGCGGGAGAUGCGCGACUGUGCCACGUACACGGAGUUGGCGGCGGCCCAGUUCCGCGACCCCGACUCCGUCUGCCGCACCGGCUUCGAGGCCGCCGACCUCCGCGUCAUUCACGACGAGUUCGCCCUCGUGGUGGCGCGCGAGGCCCAGCUUCGGCGACGCCUGGUGCUCGAGUGCGGCCGGUCCGUGCGCUUCCGGCUAGACGCCAUGUCCGACGACGAGGAUGAGAGGAUCUGCGCCCUGUGCCAGACCACUCUCUUCUUUUCCGCGAUCGCCUGCCCCUGCAAACUGCCCCCCACUGUAGCACAGACCUCUAGCUUGCGGAAACAGCCGAAAGGCAAGCGACGAGGUUCUUCGGAAAGCGAAACAGGCGCUUCCGCGGGACCAGCUGCGCCGAGCUGUGCGGACGGAAGGCCCAGCCGCGCCUUCAUGGUUUGCUUGCAACACGCGGAGUCGGUGUGCGAGAAGUGCGAUCUCUCGGCGUGCACGCUCUACUUCACGUACUCCCUGGAGGAGCUAGAGGAGACGCUGGCGGCGUUGGCUGCGCGGAUGACCGCCUACGAGGCCUGGCGACGCGAAUUCGGCGGUCUCUUCCUCGGAUCGUCCAAACCACCCGAAACCAAGGCCGAGGAGGACACGAAAACCAAGGUUGACCUCGGGACUUUUGAGAUGCAAUUAAAGGACGCUCAGUUGUUUGGCUACCACACCGAUCAGUUGUACAAGCGCGCCAAUAGUUACCUCGAGAACCUGAAAGACCUGCUAAGAGUAUGCGACAGGGCCGCCGACUUCGUCAUGGGCCGUCUUGACAUGGAGAAGGACCCUGAAGCCUUGGAACAGCUGGAAUUUCAGUUAAAACUUCCCGCUGAGACAGUCAAAAGUGGAGGUGGUGGCAAAGUCCUCACCCACGUCCUCCACCAAAGCAUCGAUUUGCGGCACCCAUGCGAGGUUGAUUUUGUGCGCUUGCUAGAAGCUGUAGACGCAGAGGACGCAGCAGGCCCGGUUACGCUGGAAGGCAUUGAGAGCAUUGCCACGGUGCGAGGCGUGUUUCGUACUACACUGCCCGAGUGGCGCGCCGAGGCCAAGGAGGCUGUUGCCAAUCGCGCCGGUUUUGCCAGCAUCCUGUCGCACGCUCAGGUGAAGCCUGAGGCGGGGCAGACGCCACCGAAGGUGCAGCAGACGCUGGCAGCGCUCAUUGACAAGUUGCGCACGCAGUGUCCGGGGUGGUGUGUGCACAUGGAGGAGUUCAAGCUCCUUUGUCUGGUAGGCCUCCUCCACGAGUCUCUUUUCAUUGGUUCUCUUGGUGCUAGUCGCUUGUUCUCGAUCUUCCGUGUACUCGUCCAUCGUUUUCGUAUGGCAUUCUACCUUGGCUACUUCCCCGCUGUCAUCGAGGAGGUCUGCAGGUGGCUCAUGGCAUCCAUGGAGUACACGGGGAGGGAGGGACGCUCUGCCUGGACUCUCGCCGGCCUGCGGUCCCACCUUGCCUGGGGCGAGCCCCUGACCACUCGCAUCGCAUUGGCCGACGUCAGUUCGAACCUCGAGGCAGCCGCUGGCGUGGGUCCCUCGAGUUUGCGUCUCGUCGGCAAUCGCCAGCUACGGGGUCCAACCAACCCAGAUCGUGGACGCACCAAACCGCUGCCGGCGCAUCUGAAUGUCGUGUCGGCGGCCCACCCUCUCAUCAGGCAGCUGAGGGCGCGUCUCCACACCACCAUCGGCAUCAUCUCACAGGCCCUGGUCGAUGCCGAUGCCAUCCUUGCUGCCCUUUCCGAAUCCAUUCAGGAUCUGCAUUUAACUGAGCCAAUUUCGCGAAGUUCCAACUCCCCCGUCGUGGAGAGCAUCGCCAAGCUCCAGCGCCUCGGAAUCGCCAGUCUGGGCGACUGCGACGUCGUCAAAACCAGCGAUCCGGCUCUCAAGGACUGCCUGGUUAGCCUCCGCGACCAUGCUGUGUGCUCUUGCUCGCCACGCUUCGCUGAGACUGUCAAUUCGAGCGCGGUCGAUCUACAGCUGGAUGAGGCGCGACUGAUCUACUGGUGGUGUGCUCAGGUGAACGGCUUCCUGGCACACGAAGGCAGCCCCUGUCCUGCUCGGCCUGAUGCGUGGCUUUCCAGGCUCUCCGAUCUGAUUGCUGUGGAACGCUUUGUCUUCGGCUGCGCGCGCGACGCGGACCAAAAACUUGCCCCACUGCCCGAACUCGACCAGUACCGCAGUGAUUUCAGGGCGUACUGCGAAGCUCACCUCGCGGGUCUUCACGAGGUCGCGAGUCACUUUGUCGACUGCACCCUUGUCCUGCCUGUCGACGAAUUCAACGCCGUUCUGCUGGCCUCCAUUCUGCCGCCGCUAGACGACGCCAACUCGCUCAGACUGCAUGAGGCUGCGUUGAAGCAGGAUUUCGAGUACAUUCAGGCAAGUCCACGCUUAUCACCAAUUACUCCUCACCUACUUAAAUGCACUCUCCAAUUCCUGGGCUCGCAGACACAAGUCUACGCGGCCAAAGUCGAGGCCAUUCUGGCGAGUGCCACGCCCGAACAUCUCUGCCCGGACUGUUGUGCGCGCUUGGUGCUUGCGGUUCUGGUCGUGAUUUACGAAAGCCCGGGAUUUGACGUGGAUGUUGGUGGAAAAGGUUUACCCGGCAAUAAUCGUUUCUGGCCAUCUACUCUGGUCCUCCGUGCACAUUUGCACUGUCGCGUUGUUCCUUGGUUGGCGUGGCGUAGAAGGGAUUGGGUUGCACAUGUAGCUGGUUGGCUUGAGUUCUUAAUGACCUCAUUUUCGAGCAAUUUUAUUCGUUUACCGUCGCAGAAAGCCGACGUCGAGUUGCAGGGUGGCUGUCUACUGUGUGGCUUCAUCCCGAUGAUUCCCCACGAACGACCUCAGCCGACUGAUUCGGAGGAGGAAUUUCGGUUGCUAGAGCAGAUUUCUUCCGACGCAGACCCUCACGCCAAACAGGCUGCUGUAGCCUCCACGAGUCUUGUCAAUGCUGCGAAGAUUUGUAUUAGUGACUUGGUGAGACGCCGAUCGGAGUGGAUAAAGCAGAUAGGCAUUCUCUUGGAGGCGAAUCCACGCACCACGGCGGAGCUCUUGUCGAAGCAGCACGGAAUCUGUAUUGAUCAGCUGCCGAAUGCUCUGAAGGCGAUCUGUUCGACAGUUUCAACGACGUCGUCGCCAGCACCUUCUUCCAGCAGUCAGUCGAGCAUUCGAUCCCUUCUGAUUGGUGGCUACGUCCUUUCCGCUGGUUCGCCACUGUCGACAGCUUGCUUGAAUUUGAUAGGGGGAUUUCUUUUAUAA